AUGGCCGACAUCACCGAUCCCUCCGCUGGUCUCGACCAACCUUCCCCCGGCGAUGACCUGACCGGCAAUGGCGUUGACUCCCGAGGCACCAAGCGUCCCAGAACCUCAAUGGCAGGAGAUGACGAUGACGAUGACGAUGAGAAGGGUGGCCGCGAACGUAGAAAGAUUGAGAUCAAGUUCAUCCAAGACAAGUCGCGUCGUCACAUCACAUUCUCAAAGAGAAAGGCUGGUAUCAUGAAGAAGGCGUACGAACUCUCUGUCCUUACCGGAACCCAAGUCCUUCUGCUCGUCGUCUCGGAAACCGGUCUUGUCUACACCUUCACCACUCCUAAGCUCCAACCUCUGGUCACCAAGGCCGAAGGCAAGAAUCUCAUCCAAGCAUGCUUGAACGCACCCGAACCCUCCGGAAAUGAGAACGGUGUCGAUGCCGCCGAUGAUGUCGCGUCGCCUGACGAUGUUCCUGCCAUGCCACCCGCGGCCACCGGCAUGGCUCGACCUCCUACCCAUGGUGGAUACAUGACUCAAGAACAACAACAGCAAGCCAUGUACUAUCAACAACUCCAGCAACAGAACCAGAGUGGUCAAUACGCUGGCAUGCCUCAGAUGCCCCAGCAUCAACGCGCAUAG